UUACUGAAAGGAGAAAUUGCCCUUUCGGGGUGAGCUGUGCCUUUAACCCCUUUGGCCGGCUCUUCCUGGGAGGUGAGCGCGGCGCGCUGCAGUGUCUGGGAGCCCACCUAGAGGGCCCCCUUGACGCCAGCACAUCCCCGGCCGGGCGGCAGCCUCUGCAGCCGAGCGGGCUGCUGCAGAGUUAAUGUACAGUACCACGGAGCCUGCAAGUGUCCUGAGCUGUUCAGAGCCGGCUGGCGGGCACAGCCCGGGGCAGACGAGGCGGCUGCGACGAUUCCAAAGGUUCUGCUGGAAAUUCGGCGCUGGGGGACCCCAGUGGGAGCCUGUUGCCAUUGUGUUUUAAAAGCAUGCAAGUUGAAAACCAGCCAUUCUGAGACGGGGAGAGAAGUUGGCUUUUGGUUAUACAUGGUUGCUAGCCCCUCUGCCCAGGUCUUUGUCCGACACGUCUCAGAAGGCAGCACUGCGUUAAAGUGACCACACAUGAAUAUGUGCCUCAGAAAGAAGAAAAAGCAACAUUCAUUUCUAAAGGACAGCAUGGCCAAGCAACCUGAAGUUUUCCAUUUCCCUUCUAACACUUCUUUAGCAAGGAUAACAAGAAACUGUCUUUUGACUCCUUUUUUCCCACAUUCCAGAGUCCUUCCUGCAAAGAUGCAUUAAUUUCCACUCCAGGCAGUUGGAUUUUACUGGGACAAUAUUUGCCACCAUUUAGGAUUAGCGAUUGAACUGAUUAUUUUAGUAAGUUGACUAAACUAGUGGAACCUAAAUGGGUGGACCCAUGCCUGCAGUGCUCUGUGAUAUUUCUUUCUUCAAACCCUGGAAGGGCUUUUGUUGUUGCUCUUUGUUUUUUUGGGGGGAUUUUUUUGGAAUUCAAUACUUGUUGCAAUAAUUGCCCAUGAUAGCUGCUCAAACAGGAGAGUUGGAAUUCAUCUUUGAAAAUCACUACAUGUAACAUACAAGACAAGGAAAAUAUUAAUGACGGAAGAUCUGCCAACAUGAUGCAUGUGAAUAAUUUCCCCUUUAGAAGGCAUUCCUGGAUAUGUUUCGAUGUGGAUAAUGGCACAUCUUCGGGGCGGAGUCCCUUGGAUCCCAUGACCAGCCCAGGAUCUGGGCUGAUUCUCCAAGCAAAUUUUGUCCACAGUCAGCGUCGGGAGUCCUUCCUGUACCGCUCCGACAGCGAUUAUGACCUCUCGCCAAAGUCCAUGUCCCGGAACUCCUCCAUUGCCAGUGACAUACAUGGAGAUGACCUGAUUGUGACUCCGUUUGCACAGGUCUUGGCCAGCCUGAGAACUGUACGAAACAACUUUGCUGCAUUGACUAAUUUGCAAGACCGAGCACCUAGCAAAAGAUCACCCAUGUGCAACCAACCAUCCAUCAACAAAGCCACCCUAACAGAGGAGGCCUACCAGAAACUGGCCAGCGAGACCCUGGAGGAGCUGGACUGGUGUCUGGACCAGCUAGAGACUCUGCAGACCAGGCACUCCGUCAGUGAGAUGGCCUCCAAUAAGUUUAAAAGGAUGCUUAAUCGAGAGCUCACCCAUCUCUCUGAAAUGAGUCGGUCUGGAAAUCAAGUGUCAGAGUAUAUAUCAAACACAUUCUUAGAUAAGCAACAUGAAGUGGAAAUUCCUUCUCCGACUCAGAAGGAAAAGGAGAAAAAGAAAAGGCCAAUGUCUCAGAUCAGUGGCGUUAAGAAGUUGAUGCACAGCUCCAGUUUGACCAAUUCAAGCAUCCCAAGGUUUGGGGUCAAAACUGAACAAGAAGACGUCCUUGCCAAGGAACUAGAAGAUGUGAACAAAUGGGGUCUUCAUGUUUUCAGAAUAGCAGAGUUGUCUGGGAACCGACCUUUGACUGUUAUCAUGCACACCAUCUUUCAGGAACGGGAUUUAUUAAAAACAUUUAAAAUUCCAGUAGACACUUUAAUUACAUACCUAAUGACCCUGGAAGAUCAUUACCACGCUGAUGUGGCUUACCACAAUAAUAUUCACGCUGCAGAUGUCGUCCAGUCAACGCACGUGCUGUUGUCUACACCUGCUUUAGAGGCUGUGUUUACAGAUUUGGAGAUUCUUGCAGCAAUUUUUGCCAGUGCAAUCCAUGACGUUGAUCAUCCUGGUGUGUCCAAUCAGUUUCUGAUCAAUACAAACUCUGAACUUGCCUUGAUGUACAAUGAUUCUUCUGUCCUGGAGAACCAUCAUUUGGCCGUGGGCUUUAAGUUGCUUCAGGAAGAAAACUGUGACAUUUUCCAGAAUUUGACCAAAAAGCAAAGACAGUCAUUAAGGAAGAUGGUCAUUGACAUUGUACUUGCCACAGACAUGUCAAAGCACAUGAAUCUACUGGCCGAUUUGAAAACUAUGGUUGAAACUAAGAAAGUGACGAGUUCUGGAGUUCUUCUUCUUGAUAAUUAUUCUGAUAGGAUCCAGGUCCUUCAGAACAUGGUGCAUUGUGCCGACCUGAGCAACCCAACCAAGCCUCUCCAGCUGUACCGCCAGUGGACGGACCGCAUCAUGGAGGAGUUCUUCCGCCAAGGGGACCGAGAGAGGGAGCGGGGCAUGGAGAUAAGCCCCAUGUGUGACAAGCACAACGCAUCUGUGGAAAAAUCACAGGUGGGCUUCAUAGACUAUAUCGUUCAUCCUCUGUGGGAGACGUGGGCAGACCUGGUCCAUCCUGACGCCCAGGACAUUUUGGACACUUUGGAGGACAAUCGCGAGUGGUACCAGAGCACAAUUCCUCAGAGCCCCUCCCCGGCGCCCGAUGACCAGGAGGAGGGCAGGCAGGGUCAGACAGAGAAGUUCCAGUUUGAACUGACUUUAGAGGAAGACGGCGAGUCCGACACCGAGAAGGACAGUGGGAGUCAAGUCGAGGAAGACACUAGCUGCAGCGACUGCCAGACGCUGUGCACUCAGGACUCGGAGGCCACCGAGACCCCCCUGGAUGAGCAGGUGGAUGAGGAGGCCGCGGCGGGCGGGGAGGGGGCCCAGCCCGAGGCCUGCGUCGCCGGGGAGCCCUCCCCGGGCACGUAACAGGGCCCAGACGCCCAUGCCUUUCGUGUGUGUCUUUUGUUUUUUCAAGUAGAAACGUUGUUUCCAAAGUGCAUGUCACAUGCCACAACCACGGUCACACCUCACUGUCAUCUGCCAGGAUGUUUGUGGAACAAAACUGACCUUGACGACUUAGUCUGGCGCUCAGGAAUAUCGUCACCAGUUUUUUCACCUCCAUGUCAUCAGAAUGAGAGGGACAUCUUCAUGGACAGCGUUGUCACAGGUCUGCGGCUUCGUCACGCUGAAGAAGCCGAGAAAAAUCAACGCUUAAGUGUUUUCUAGGGAGUGUGGCUCAUUGGGCAGCCCCAAAGUUAAGAUGAUUUGGGGUUCUUUAUUUUUUCUUUUUGUUUGCAAUAUUUUCAGCAGAAAGAAGGCAUUAUUACAUGGAUGCAGUGAACAGAUGGGUGAAGCAACGAAUGGGUCAGGAACAGGACACAGUGUCAAGCUGUUACCAGGAAAAAGAUGAGCCACAGAAAUUGCAUAAUUUUCUAAUUUCAAGUCUUCCUGAUACCUGACUGAAUAGUGUGGUUCGGUGAGCUGCACUGACCUCUACAUUUUGUAUGAUAUGUAAAACAGAUUUUUUGUAGAGCUUACUUUUAUUAUUAAAUGUACUGAGGUAUUAUAUUUAAAAAACUACGUUCAGAACUUCAUCUGCCACUGGUUAUUUUUUUCUAAGGAGUAACUUGCAAGUUUUCAGUACAAAUCUGUGCUACACUGGAUAAACCUAAUUUACAAAUUUUACUUGCACCUUAGACUUCAUAGCAAUUAACUGAUUUGUAGUGACCCAUUGUUUUAUAUACCAAUGACUUCCAUGUUUUAAAAACAAAAAUUGACUUUAUGUUGCAGGAAACCCUUUUUGUAGGUCUUCAUUUACUGGCUUUUCAUUUUGGUCUAUUCAGACACGCAGAGUUGCUCCCCACUGACAUUUCUCUUCACUGUGUGCAAAGUGAACACGUGUUCCAUAAUACUAUGAUGUGUGUUCUGUCUAAUGUAUCUCAAGCCUCAUGGACACUCAGUCAUCAGCUGGUAUUAUCUGAAGCAAAUGAGAGAUAUAUAAAUACCCAGUAGCUAAAAUGGUCAGUCUUUUUUAGAUGUUUUCCUACUCAGUGUCUUCUGAUAACUUUUUGCUGUGGUGGUAGACCCUCAUUUCACAAAUGCAUGUCUUUGUAAUAACCCACACAUUUCAUGCUCGUUUUUAUUGUUUUCACAGUCAGUUAUAGUAAGAAAACCUUUCCCCCCUUGUGCUGCUUCAUUAUUCAGUGUGUGUUUGAACCUCUGUCCACAUUUACUACAUGGGGUCUUAUCAAAUAUAUCACCACCAUUCUGAUGGAUGCAAAGAACAGGUAGUCAAGUUAGAGUUAGCAUUCUUUUCUGCCAUGAGGUCGUAUAUAAUGACUAGCUUUUACUUUUGAUUUACAAAGAAAAGUUAAUGGCUAGCUAAUUUUUAACAAUAUUAGUAGAAUAUAUUAAUGAACACCAAUACAAUGAAUGCUCUUUUGUUUCUAUGAUUUCACCAUGGGAUUAAGAACUGUAUGAAGAAUAUUCCUGAGAAGUGAUUUUAAGUGUAGCAGCGACUCUUCCUUAAAGGACAGCCACAUAACACAUAGUAGCAUUUCUUGCUUUAUCAGUUAUCAUUGAUCCAGAAGUACAUCUGGUGGAGGAGAACGUUAAAUAUGCUGAUAGAAAGAAGUUGGAAAAAAAGAAAAAAGAAAGAAAGAAGUUGAUGGUGCCCCUAGCACCAGAGAUUUGGUGAUAUGAUGCCAUUUUAAAUUACUCAGUUGGGUAAGAAGAUUCUGACUAAAUCAAACAUUAGAGAUCACUCUUGGCCGAAUUUAGUAUCAAGAAUUGUAUUCCAAUUUUAGAGAUUGAUUCCCAGUAUUUACCUUUAAUUGGCAUCUUGGGGCAUUUAUUUAGUCUGGACUUUCUUCCCAUUUCAGCUCUUAAAAAAUGUUUACCUUCUCUGUGAAGAGUUUGGAGCCCAAAUAAUCAUUUUUCACAGUGAUAUCCAAGAACUCAAGUAGAGGCUAAAGGAAUAUCUGACCAAACAGAAAAUAGAACAGUAAAUGAAAUUGUAAUCCUGAAAAAUGUUUAUAUUGGGGAUGUCUCAAGGAGACUUCUGGGGACUAAUCACUAAAUCAUCAGCCAGGGAAAUGACCCAAGCUGAAGAUACUCACUAUUUUAAUCCCCUGAGAGCCACUGAUGGUUAGAAACAUGGAUAGAAAAAUUAGGUAGCUGUGAAUUUCAACACAGAGCACAAGAUAGGAACUGACCAAUUAAUUAUCAGAUUUUCACCUUCCUUCCCCUGUAAAAUUCAGACAGUAAUCUUUCAAAUAAAGUCUAAUGUUUGGCAAGUGGUUUCACAAGAACAAUUGGAAACUUGUUUCCGUUUUAAUUUUGUCCCUGAUGGAGGUCUAGACGAAAAGACAAAGAAUCUAAGGAUUAUUCCUUUCUCCCAAAUACUCUCAAUCCCUCCCUUUCCUCAUGCUUGGUACUUCCCCCAAAGAGUGCCUAGAACUUAAGAAUAAAAAAAAAAUUAAAACAGCAAUAUGUCACAAACCGGGACCUGAAAAGGUAGAUAACGGCACUAAAAAAGGGAGACCUUUUUUUUUUCUUCAGUUUGUUGGUUUUAAUGGUCACAUGUGUGAAGAUACCCACUGCUGGACAAUCAAAUUGUAGGAAAAAAGUAAUUUCCAAAAGACAGGGGCUAGUAUACUGUACAAUCUUCUUUUCCUCUCCCUUCUCUCUCCUCUGCUCUCGCCAAAGUGUGCUUCAGAAUUAUACACUUCUUUAUUAAAAAGAAUACUCUUUUAUAAGUGGCUUUACAUUUCCUAAAAUGUUGUAAGAAAAUACAGUAUCUGGGUACUGUAUGGGGAAGAAGAUGUCCAAGUUUGCAUAAAACCAGUACAUUUCAGCUUGCAAGUUACUAAACAUAAUAAUGCUGUUUUAAUUUUCUUUUCUUUUAUGUCACUUAAAAUUCACAAGAAAAUAAUGUAGAUAGAACAAAUUGUAGACAAGGGAAAAAAAAAACUUGAAUGAAGUGGAUUUUACCGAAAGCUUUAUGAUACUUUUUGAAUGCAUUAUUUAUUUUUUUGUGCCAUGCAUUUUUUUCUCACCAAAUGACCUUACCUGUAAUACAGUCUUGUUUGUCUGUUUACAACCAUGUAUUUAUUGUAAUGUACAUACUGUAAUGUUAAUUGUAAAUUAUCAGUUCUUAUUAAAACAUCAUCCCGAAUUGGGAUGGUGUUGAUAUAUUUGGAAACUCUUGGUGAGAGAAUGAAUGGUGUGUAUACAUACUCCUUGUACAUUUUCUUUUCUUCUAUAAAAUAGUCUUGUCACCUUAGAGCUUGUUUAUGGAAGAUUCAAGAAAACUAUAAAAUACAUAAAGGUAUAUAAAAUAUAAAAAACAUAGCUGCAGGUCUUUGGUCCCAGGGCUGUGCCUUAACUUUAACCAAUAUUUUCUUGUUUUGCUGCAUUUGAAAGUAAGGUAAUGGUGGGGUUAGGGCUGGGCAUUUUACAUCUGAGCUUUGAAUCAAUUGGGUUUCUGGCAGCAGCUGGAUUGUACAGAACCACGGUUAACCUCUAGCACAUUCUGAGACUCUUGAGAGACAACCCCUUAAAUGCUUUCUGCCACGAAGCACCAUAGCAUAUAUGAUGGUGUUUUUUCCUGUAAGAUACUAACUGAGCUGCUUCAGUUAGUUACUUUUUUUUUUUUUUUAAUUUUCAAACACUACUGGGGAAAUAUAUUCUUGUCCAAUAAUUAUUAAAAGUCUUUUUGACUUCUUGAGCACAUGGGCAAAUGAACUUGAUUUGGAGCUAGAGCCAUAGGUCAUGCAUUGUAGUACUUUAUUAUUUGGCUUCCUGCCAUGUUAAGAAAAAAAUUCCAUGUUAGGAAAAUAUGAAAAAGGUCAUUUUUUUUUAAACCAUGGAAUUUUUCUUCAACUAAGAUGAAUUAAAUUUCCUUAUGUAUAUAAAUUCAUACAUUAAACACAAAGUUUUAUAUGAUGCCAAUUCACAUAGCAUAAUGGAGUUACCAUUCUCUUGAAUGUGUGUUUCUGCAAAACUUAACUUGCUUUAGAAUUUUUAAAUUUAACCUUGCAUAGAGGCCAGCUCCUGAAAGCUAUGAAAAAUUCCCAGUGGCUGAUGUGGAAACCUUUUUCUACUGCUGCCCAGCCCUCAGGAUGUGCAACUUAGUGAAAGGAGAGAAUCUUUUUCUAGGAAAAAUGAGCCUCCUUUUAUUUUAUUUCAUUUUCUUUUUUGACACAAACUGUAGAUUUUAGCAGCCCUGGCCCAAAGGAAUUUGAUUACUUUUGUUUUAAACAGUACAAUGGGGACACUAUAAUUACAAAAAAGGAAAAAAAAUCCUUACUGAUUUUAGUUGUUUUAAAUUUGAUUUCUUUGGAUAUGUUUUCAGAGUGGUCAGUUGUGUGUGAGCAUUACAAAUGAUGAUUCUUUUAGUGGUUUCUUAGCCUCUCUUACAGCCCAUGGGGAUAGUACUGUACAUCAAUACCUUCAUAUGAAAUUUUUAUAUGCAAUGGAAAUAAAAGCAUGGGUUGAUUCUGCCUA